GGCGCUGCGUGGCAGGCCGGGCUCCGCGGCCUUCACAUCUUUUUGUCUGAGAACUGGGUCCUCUGCCGCUCUACAGUGUGUGCGAUAGCCUCGGAGCUGCGUCCGUAGCACACUGUCAAACCACUCCAAACGAACACAGCCGCGACCAAAAGCACUAAUUGAGCACCUUCAGCCAUGGCGCUUCUAAUCUACCGGUAAAUCGGCCGUGUUUUGGACUGCUCGAGGGAACUUAGUCCGGGCUUGUAUCGGGUUUGCUCUCUGUGUGCAUCAGUCUUUAUUAGCGAGCUGCCGCUCUCCUUGCUACCAGCUAUUUCUUUAACUUUUUAAACACUCGGCUCGGCGAAUGACUGAGCGCCGGCGGAGUAUGGGAUCCUUGGUGUCUUAGGAAGCGACUGAAGUGGGGUUCGAGCGUUUUUGCGUGCAAAAACAAUGGCAAAUUCGACGGGGAAAAAUCUCCUAGAUCAGCGAAGGAAAGGACAGGCUUUCCUGGACGAGCUGCGGCAAUUUCACCAAAGCAGAGGAUCGCCGUUCAAGAAGAUUCCUAUCGUGGGUGGGAAAGAGCUGGAUCUGAAUGCUCUCUAUAUCAGGGUCGUCUCUUUAGGUGGAUUCGCUAAGGUAUCUGACAAAAACCAAUGGGCAGAACUUGGAGAAGAGUUUAACUUUCCGAGGAGUUGCUCCAACGCAGCAUUCGCUUUAAGACAGUACUACCUACGAUACCUGGAGAAGUACGAGAAGGUCCACCACUUCGGCGAGGACGAUGAAGAGGCGCAGCCGGGGAAUCCCAAAGCCUUCCUUCCAGUCGGUGCAAUCCCCAGCUCCUACAACUACCAGCAGCAUGUUGUAUCAGACUAUCUCCGCCAAAGUUACGGGCUGUCUACGGACUUCACCCAGCCGUGCGACUACAACAAACUGGUGCUCUCGCUGCUCUCGGGCCUACCCAACGAAGUGGACUUUGCCGUUAACGUUUGCACGCUGCUCUCCAACGAGAGCAAGCACGCCAUGCAGCUGGACAAGGACCCCAAGCUGGUCACGUUGCUGCUGGCCCACACCGGCGUCUUCGACGACUCUCUAGGCAGCUUCUCUGCGGUGUUUGGGACAGACUGGAAGGAGAAAACUUCACGGGACUUUGUUAGGUUCUGGAAGGAGGUGGUGGAGGACGCCGAGGUCCGAGAGCUGAUCUGGGACAAGAGCAGCUCAGCACAAGAUGGUACGUCCCGGGAGGACCACUGGCAGAGUCUCUUCCACCCGCCGCGGAACCCAGGCACCAGUGACAUGGAGGCCCAGCGGGUGCUGCAGGUCGCCGUCAUCCUGCGGAACCUCUCCUUCGAGGAGGCCAACGUCAAGCUGCUGGCGGCCAACCGAACGUGCCUGCGCUUCCUUUUGCUCUGUGCCCACUGUAACCUCAUCUCGCUCCGACAGCUCGGACUGGACACGCUGGGCAACGUGGCUGCUGAGCUCCAGCUAGAUCCCGUCGAUUUUCGGACGACGCACCUGAUCUUUCACACCAUCACCAAAUGCUUGAUGUCCAGGGACAGGUUCCUCAAAAUGAGAGCUAUGGAGAUCCUGGGUAACCUGAGCAAAGCAGACGAUAACGGCGUGUUGAUCUGCGAGUAUGUGGACCAGGAGUCGUACAGGGAGGUGAUCAUGCUCCUCACUCUGCCGGACCUCAUGCUCCUCAUGGCCUCCUUGGAGGUUCUGUACCUGCUGGCCCAACUGGGAGAGAUUCCCUGCAGCAAGAUCGCCUCGGUUGACCACAGCAUAGACCUGUUGGUGCGGUUGGUGUCGGUAGAUCUCCACACGUUCGGGCCCGAUGCCCUGACGGCGGUGCGGUUGAUCGAGCACCAGGCCAACGCCGAGCAGGCCGCCGAGGUCCGACCGCAGCUGGUGGAGCAGGUACCUGCAGCGGUGCAGGGGGCGACGGCACCGGUAACAAGAGUCCCUGUUCAGUCCAACGUACCACCACCUGGUAUCGUUGAACUAGAUGGAGAGAAGUUUACGCUGCAGUGGCUGAACGCACACUUUGAGACGAACCCCGAGGGCUCGGUUUCACGAUCAGAAAUGUACUCUGAGUACCUGGCUACAUGCAGCAAAAUGGGACGCGGCAACAUCUUGAAUUAGAUAAAUCCCAGAAGUGGGCUUAGGACGGUGUUCCCCAACCACACUAUGAGGCGGCAAGAGGAGGCAAAAGCCAGCAACCCGCUUCAGAUCCUCCUGGUGGGAAUAAGGCGAAGAGCGAUCCCUCUCCCCAUCCAGCUGUACUACCAGCAAACCCAGCAGCAACACCAGAACCAGGCAGCUCGGUUACCGCCAGGACAUCCUAAUCCAGGACCACAGUUUGUGCGGCCCCCGGGUGCCUCAAAUAGCGCCCCACCUCUGGCCUCGCCCGCACAGGAAAGUUCUCGUGUAAACCACCCAGCUGUUCCGUCACCUGGUCAUCACAGCCCACAGAACCCGGCGCCUCAGCAGCAGCACUCUCCCAUGCUCCCCACAGGAGCUCCCGUCACACUAUUUCAGCCAGUACCGCAAGGCCACAUCCUCACCGCCCGGGUACAAGGUGUGUGCUCCCAGGUCACCCAGCAACCACCUCUGCCUCAAACCCUCCCAGUGUCUGGGCCUCAGGGUGGGACCCCCCAGGUUGACACCCAGUGUACUGCUAUGGUUUCAGGACCCCUUUCCAUCCAGGUGGGAAGCAGCCAGGCCAUAGGGAUAACGAGCGUGGCCAACUCCCAAGGUUCUCGCGUAACAUUUCAAAAUAUUGCUCCCAAACCAGCACCAAACCAGUCAGGUGGGCCAACAGCCACGUUAGCCCCUUCCAACCAGCAGCCUCAGCCUCAACAGAGCGUAGUAAUAGUCGGUCCCAAUCCCCAGCAGAAUGCAGCCUACACCCCGGCCAUACACCAGAUUGUUCUAGCCAACCCCUCCUCCAUUCCUGGUGCCCAGACUGUCCAGAUAGCGGGUCAGCCCGGAGCUGCUUCCAGUCCCUGCUCACCUGCUGCCUCUCACGCAAAUACCCAGGUCCAGUCCAAUCAAACUGUCAGCCACGCACUGUCCACGAUACGGCAACAGCAGCAGCCGCCCCCUCCUCUCCAAAUCAUACCCCAAACUCCUCCCACUCAACCUACCUCCACUGAAUCCAGCUUGAUCAAACAGCUACUGCUUCCAAAGCGAGGGCCUUCUACCCCGGGAGGGAAGUUGAUCCUGCCCGCCCCACAGAUCCCCCCUCCGAACAACACGAUAGCCCCCAACCCACAGGUCAUCUACCAGAACCCCUCUCCUCAGCCGGUCAGCGUCCAGCUGGUUCCUGGCCAGCUUCCUGCUGCAGGUGCCCAGCCCCUCCAGGCGGUCCAGCUGCUCCCAGGGCAGCUCAUCUCCACCAGUACGCCGGGUGGAGCAGCCAUCAUCCAGGCCCCAACAGCAACCGGUCAAGUCACGUUCACCGUGGUCCCCAACACUGGCUUCACCACCUCUACUGCUGCCGUCGCCGCCGUCAGCCAGGGAGCUGUGGCUCCUGGAAGUCCCCAUCACGUCUCGACAGGAGACAAGAUCAUUUGUCAGAAGGAGGAAGAGGCCAAGGACGCCACAGGGCUGCAUAUCCACGAAAGGAAGAUAGAGGUGAUGGAGAACUCUUCGUUGGCAGAAGGAGACCCUUCAAACAGCAAAACGAGGAACGGGGAUGUCGCAGCAGGUGCCAAGCUACUAAACGGUGGGAAGUGCGUGGAGCCGAAUCUACCUCCAUAUCACUCAGGGAACAGCCAGGGAAUACUCAACGGCCCGGUAACGGAGAGCCUCUCCUCCAACGGGAAGCAGGCUCUCUCUCCAGGCCCAAACGCUCCUCUUGAGGGCAACGCCGACCCCAAAAAGACCCUGGUCAACGGGGUGUGUGACUUUGACCGGGGCGAUAGCGGUGGCAACUUUAACAAAAACAUUCCAAAUCACAUUGCUUCCAAACAGUACUUGGGGAACGGGGAGGUGGGCGCCUCUGAAAAGACUUCAGAUCAGAGUCUGCCCAGUCCGCCUCCUCCCCAGCAGGACACUGCCAAAGCCCAGCAGGCCGAGCGCCUGGCCAACGGACCCCAGGCUGCAGCUCACCGGCCGCCCUCGGAACUAUCCAACGGACCUCUGGGGCCGGCGCUGGGGCACGGCACGCCUGUGCUCAGACAGCAACUGCUCCCCAACUCCUCGCUGCCCUGCGCCGUCACUUCGCAGAAUCCCGCCGCCUCUCCGGCGAACGGCGUGGCCUCAGAGCCCCGGGGCCUCAAGAGGCCCGCCGAGAGCGAAGAGCGUGGCACGGCGGCGGUGGCGACUUCCUCCGGGAUCCCCAGCAAGGUGGGAGUUCGGAUCAUCACCAUCAGCGACCCCAACAAUGCCGGCAGCAGCGCCACCAUGGUGGCGGUGCCGGCAGGAACGGACCCAAGCACAGUAGCCAAAGUAGCAAUAGAGAACGCCACUCAGCAGAGGAACUGCUCGCCUACACAAGCAGCUGGCGCCACGCCGACUGCCACCACGCCCCCAGCUCCCUCCUCGCAGCCGGCAGCAGCAGGCAACCACAGUCCGCACCCCGCAGCGCAGCAGACCCCCACGUCGCCGACAGAACCGGGAAGGAAAGCAGGGCAGAACUUCAAGUGUCUGUGGCAGUCGUGUAAACGGUGGUUCGAAACACCGUCUCAAGUGUUUUACCACGCAGCAACGCAACACGGAGGAAAAGAAGUGUAUGGAGGGCAUUGUCUGUGGGAGGGAUGUGAACCUUUCCCCCGGCAGAGACUGUCCUUCAUCACACAUCUGCAGGAUAAACACUGUUCCAGAGAGGCUUUGCUGGCUGGACUCAAACUAGAGGAGCAGCAAGCACAAAGUCCCAAUCAGACAUCUUCCCAGACUCCGCCAGCGGCAGGCAGCACGCCGGCACAACGAGCACCGAAAGCAAUCGUCAAUCAUCCGAGCGCAGCUCUCAUGGCCCUACGUAGAGGUUCUCGAAACUUGGUCUUCAGGGACUUCACAGACGA